UGUGGACAUAUUUCUAUAUUCUCUUUAUUUUAAACUGUUAUAAGGACAUACAUAUUAAUAUUUAGGCUGAAAUUUUGUCUGCUAGUUAAUAGAUGAUCAAUUAACUUCACCAUACACAAAAACUUAGUGGGGGCAUGAGCCCUCACUUUUCCCCAACUAGGUCCAUCUAUGUUGGAUACUAAGUAGUGUCACCAUGAAAAGAGGUAAUAAAUGGGACAGCUAAAGAGUUAAGCCAUAGGAUAGCCGACGUGGAUAACUAGCUACAACUGGUCAUUGAAUGAGUUACCUUGUGUAUGUGUAUGCUGUAUGGUGAGUUACUAAAUGCACCAUCUCAUUUGAAUGAAACGAUUUUCGUUUCAAAAAAAAAAAUCGAAACUAAAAACCCUCGUCAAAAAAUGAUAUCACAAAUUAAAAAUGUCCAUUCGAAAUGCCCAAUGUGUUAAAAAAAGAAAAAGAAAAGCCCAAUGUGGUUAAUAUAAGUAAAACAGCCCAAUUAGCCUUUGAUUGGUCAGGAUUAAAUUUUUUACUGCAGCUCUCCUGGUGAGGGCCAAUUUUUUUUUCAGGUUGACCCACCAAUACCAUCGCUGUAAUUCAUAGAUAAAAGAACAAAGCCAAACCAAAACCUCACCCAACCCAGUAAUUCUUUCUUCAAUAAAAAUUCAAAUUGCACCAAUAUGUAAACCACCUUUCUUCGUCUUCGAUUGCGCAUUGAUUCUUGUGUGUCGAAUCCUAGGCUCCCUGAAUCUCCCUCCAUUAAAUGCGUGCCUUUCUCAAUUAAUGGGAGAGCCUCAUUGCCAUUUGCCACCUUCAUCCUAAUAGAAAAGAGCCAGAGAAAAAGAAAAGACAGCUUCUCUGUUAUUUUGGGCAACACACAUGAAACUUUUGCCGCCUGUUCGUCUUAAAAGAGGGUCUGAUAUUUCUAUAUAAUCUGAUUCUGAUACAUUUCUUCUCCAACAAUCCGACCCUUUUGAUUAAAGCUUUGAUUUUUGGCUAUAGUUUACGGCAUUGCGUCUGAAAGCUAGUCUUUGGGGUUUAACAGAGUUGGUAUUUAUUGGGUUUUGAUUAUCAAUAUUGGAAUAUGAAGAACGAGGAUCAAGCUAGGUUUCUGUUUGGGAUUUCACUCUCUGAUAGACCUGUGUGGCAGCAAUUCAUUAUUUGCUCGUCUGGGUUCUUCUUUGGUUACCUUGUCAAUGGCGUUUGUGAGGAAUACGUAUAUAAUCGUCUACAAUUCAGCUAUGGAUGGUACUUUACAUUUGUACAAGGAUUUGUAUACCUGGGUCUCAUAUACCUUCAAGGUUUCACCACGCAGAAAAUGGUGAAUCCUUGGAAAACAUAUGUGAAGCUCUCUGCUGUUCUUAUGGGUUCUCAUGGAUUGACUAAGGGAUCCUUGGCCUGGCUCAAUUAUCCUGCACAGAUUAUGUUCAAGUCCACAAAGGUCCUGCCAGUGAUGGUGAUGGGGGCAUUUGUUCCUGGAUUGAGAAGGAAAUACCCAAUUCAUGAAUACAUAUCUGCAAUACUGCUAGUGAUUGGUCUCAUUAUUUUCACAUUAGCAGAUGCAAACACAUCUCCCAACUUCAGCAUAUUGGGUGUGGUGAUGAUAUCAGGCGCUCUAAUUAUGGACGCUUUCCUUGGGAAUGUACAAGAAGCAAUCUUUACCAUGAAUCCUGACACCACACAGACAGAGAUGUUGUUCUGCUCAACAGUAGUUGGGUUGCCAAUGCUACUUCCACCUAUGAUUCUUACUGGAGAACUGUUUAGGGCCUGGAAUUCUUGCGCUGAGCAUCCUUAUGUGUAUGGGGUGUUGAUGUUUGAAGCCAUCGCCACAUUUGUUGGACAAGUAUCUGUGCUAUCCCUCAUUGCACUUUUUGGAGCUGCCACCACUGCUAUGGUUACAACUGCUAGAAAGGCGGUGACAUUGUUGCUGUCGUACAUAAUAUUCACAAAGCCAAUGACAGAAGAGCAUGGGACAGGGCUACUGCUCAUAGCCAUGGGAAUCAUACUGAAGAUGGUACCGGAAAACCAGGUUAACAAGCAUGCAAAAUCUUUCAAAGAAGUACUGAUGAAUGUCCCAGAAGCAAACGAUAUCGAGGAAGAUGAAGAGAACAAGGCCUUGGUGUAAAUAUGGGGACUGCAGCAAUUUCCUUUCUUUUGUUUUUCGUUUUAGUUGGCAGCAAUUUUUUGAAGUUUUACUUUUCUUUUUCUUGUUUUGUUCUUUUUUGUUUCAAAUUGGGCAAAUCCGUACACCGGGAGCUCAGAGGAAAAGAGAAAGCAAGAAUUUUCACCAGGGGGCAUCUAAUUCUAACUGUCAGGCCAGAAUCUCAGGGAAACAUCUAUCUAAUUUUGUUGGAGGGAAGAAUGAAGGCAGAGAGACUCUGAGGAGAGAACAAGUUUGAUCAUAUUGUAUGAGAAUAAGGUGAUUCUCCCAACCCCCUGUUUAGUGAGAUUUGAGCACAAAACUUGAGCAGAUUGUGAGCCACAUUACUACGUUGUAAACAUUACCAAACUUCAUUUUGAUUGCAAAAUUAUAUUAACCCUCUCUGAAU